AAAUACAUCCCAGCAUCCAAACAGCGUAAAAGAAGAAGUGAUGAACAUGUACUUCUGGAACUUUCUGUCCUGGGUUACGUUGCAAGAAGAUGAGAAUAAGCGAUAGGUAACUUUAUUUCGGAAAUGUACUUAGAAUGUUUAAUUAUUAAGACUCGAGGCGUGUUUUGUAGUAUAUACAGUCAGAGUGACAUCUUACUCUCUUACGUUAAAAUUAGCGGGAUGCGGUUCACUUAAGCUAUCAGAGGUUGACAAAAUACAUUAGCCAGCUAGCUACCUUGCUAACUCGCUAGCUCAUUAGGAUACCUGACAAAUGUUUGUCUGGUUACACCUCAUUUGUUACCUUGAGGUUUAGAAUAUCGACUGUGAGAAAUAUACCGUUUGUGAAAUCGGAAUCUGGUUAGCUAGCUACAGUAGCUUAUGACAUGGGAUCCGAUUAAUGAGUGACCGUGACUCAGUAGCUAAAAUAAGUAAUCAGGUUAACACAGAAAUUAUUUAUGAUGGGUAAAGACUAUUAUAAAGUGUUGGGAUUACAAAAAGGUUCGACGGAGGAUGAAAUCAAGAAAGCGUACAGAAAACAGGCUUUACGAUAUCACCCUGAUAAAAACAAGUCCGCAGGAGCAGAGGAUAAAUUCAAAGAGAUUGCUGAGGCCUACGACGUCCUAAGCGAUUCGAAGAAAAAGGACAUUUAUGACCGAUAUGGAGAAGAAGGUCUCAAAGGAGCAUCGAGUGGUGGGUGUCCCAAUGGACCCACCUUCAACUACACGUUUCACGGUGACCCUCAUGCCAUGUUUGCUGAGUUCUUUGGUGGUCGCAGCCCUUUUGACCAGUUUUUCCCGCAUGGAGGAGGUAACGAUGACAUGGACAUUGAUGACCCAUUUGCAGCGUUUGGUAUGGGAGGCAUGCAGGGCAUGCAAGGCAUGGGGGGCAUGCAAGGCAUGGGGGGCAUGGGGGGAUUCCAGCGGUCUUUCAAAUCUAGACCUGGGAACGUCCACGGCCAUCGGGAGAAGAAGAAGGACCCUCCUGUCAUUCAUGAACUUAAGGUGAGCCUGGAGGAGGUGUUCUCGGGCUGCACCAAGAAAAUGAAGAUCUCCCGCAAGCGCCUAAAUGCAGACGGCUGCACCAUGCGCAACGAGGACAAGAUCCUGACAGUAGACAUCAAGCGCGGCUGGAAGGAGGGCACCAAGAUCACCUUUCCCCGGGAGGGGGACGAGACGCCCUCUAACAUCCCGGCUGAUGUUGUGUUCGUGGUCAAGGACAAGGCACAUUCGGUCUUCCGCAGAGAAGGUUCAGAUGUCAUCUACUCUGCUAGAAUAUCCCUCAGAGAUUCUCUUUGUGGAUGCACAGUUAAUGCCCCUACGCUGGACGGCAGAACGAUCACUGUGACCUCUCGUGACAUCAUCAAACCUGGGAUGAAGAAGCGCAUCGUGGGGGAAGGCCUGCCUCUCUCCAAGUGCCCGGAGAAGAAAGGGGACAUGGUGGUGGAGUUUGCGGUGAAGUUCCCUGACAAGUUGGGGCAGAGCACCCGUGAGGCCCUCAGUCAGAUUCUGCCGCCGUGAUCAGAGUGCGGUGGUUGGGAGAGCCUCUAUCCAACACUAAGACUGCCUCAUCCAAUAGCGUUUUUGCUUCUGCCCUGGUAUCCUGCUUUUCUUUUCUAUGUACCAUAAAGAUAAAGAGAGACUUUCUGGUGAACUGGAAACAACAGACAAGUAUAACUACACUCGCUUUUUUUUUUUUUUUUAAAUGAUUAUUUGAUUUUACCCAUUGUUAAUUUCCCUGUCUGUCAGUCAUCGCUAAUUGAUGCACUUUCACAUCACUGUGAUAUAAUUGAAGGUUUUUUUAUUUGUUUGUUUUUUUUUGGACUGAGGUGAGACAUACAAGACGACCAAGACUUAACCUAUGCAUCAGCAUUCAUGUCCUCAUAGCUUUACAUUGCUGAGGAACCUGGAAGUCCUCUGAAACCUCUUGGUUUUGUGUGUUGACAGUUGAUUUUGUCAUCUUUGUGGUGCAUAAUUUCAAGAGCGUCCUGUUUUACACAGCCAGAACGUUUCAAACACUGUUGUAUAGAUUGAAAUCUCUCAGCCUUUGGCGGGUACAGUGGGCAAUUAUAAUUGCCAAUGAAAAGGAGUAUAAAAACUGAGUUUUGUCCAUGGUUAUUACAUUUCAGCAGUGCUCCCCAUGGUCACUACAUUGUUAGUCACUACAUUGAGCCCCAGAUUUACCGAUGGCUUUAGCAGAGAUUUAGCCUGUGCAAAACCAUUAUCCUGACCUAUGAUUGUUCCACGUGUUUGGAUGUCUUUCACUUAAGGUCAUGAUUUUUGUUUUGUUAUAUGUUAAACCUGUGUGCCAAAACCUUAAAUCUGGUCCUAAAUAUAUCUCAGGUGCAAGUAUGCCUGAAUGUAGCAUUUGUCUUAUAGGGGGGGGAAAAAAUCAUAUGCAUAUAUCCGUAGGCACACGAGUAGGCUCAAGCAGCUGAAACUCUGUUCCAUGUAGUGACUGAAAACUCCAGUUAAAUUCUGAGAAAUUCUCACAAAUGCUGUUUUAUUUCAAUGCACCAUCAACAAUGAGUCAACCACGUUACAGAAUGGAUGUGUGGAUGAUGUGAAGUAUUGAUAUUUUGUACUGAUUGAACGUAAUGUCAAAAUAUACUCAAUCCACUAAUCAGUGUGAUGUCUAUGGUUCCUUUCACUUCAGCUAUCUCCACGGAUUUUCACCUCUUGAGUUGAUCCUUCUUUGUAUUUAUUCCAUAGAAACUAAAAUACAGGGCUAACAAGUGCCAAAAAGGA